AUGGCUGCAACACCGUCCAAUUGGAACGAAUUCAGAAGCGACACCUUCACCACGCCGUCACCAGAAAUGCUCGAGACGGUCGUCCAUGCGUCCACGGGGGAUUCCGUCUACGACGAGGACGAGGAUACGCUUGCUUUGCAGAAACAAGUAUGUGAGCUCACGGGCCACGAAGCCGGACUCUACUGUGUUUCUGGAACGCUAUCAAACCAGAUAGCCAUCCGGAGCCACCUCAACCGUCCCCCGCACUCGGUUUUGUGCGACUAUCGGUCGCACAUCUUCGUCCACGAGGCCGCCGGACUUGCCACACUGUCACAGGCGAUGGUGACGACGGUUAUCCCUGCCAAUGGGCUGCAUCUGACACUGGAGGACAUUCAGCGCCACUAUAUCCCAGACAAUGGCAACAUCCACAGCGCUCCGACCCGCGUUGUGUCGCUCGAGAACACGCUGCACGGCCUGGUGUUCCCUAUAGACGAGAUCCGCCGCAUCAGCAAAUGGUGUCGUGACAACAACAUUGCGAUCCACUGCGACGGGGCACGGAUCUGGGACGCGGCAGUCGUAAGCGGCGUGUCGCUGGCAGAGUACGGGGAGCUGUUUGACUCGAUCUCGCUGUGUCUGUCGAAGACGUUGGGUGCGCCGAUCGGCAGCGUUCUGGUCGGCUCUGAGAGUCUGAUUCGGGUUGCAAACCAUUUCAAAAAACAGAACGGGGGCGGAAUUCGCCAGGCAGGACCGCUGGCACGCAUGGGCUCGUACGCACUGACUCACAACUUUAGCAAGUUGAGGAUUGCGCACGAGUACGCCGCCGAGGUGGGCAGCUACGCGGAGGAACUGGGUCUCGUGCUGCAGAUCCCCGUGCACACGAACUUUGUGUUCUUGGACCCCGUAAAGAACAUGAUCGACCCGCAGUGGAUCCGCGAGGUGGGCCAGAAACACAACGUCAAGGUUUCGUCGUUGCGCAUCGCGUUCAGUUUCCAGAACACGCGAGAGGCUGUGGACGGGUUGAAGGCAGUGCUGAAGGAGCUGCACAUGCUGGCGCAGCAGAAGCCGUACACGAACAGGACCGGCCACGGAAUUUACUGA